AUGGGAGAAUUCGACACCACGCUCGGUGCACUGUGCGUCGCCUACAUGCUGGCUUGGGGCCUGUUCGGGGUCAUGUCGAUGCAGACCUAUCGCUACUACCAUAUCUUUAUAAAGGACGCGUUGUGGAUCAAGACUUUGGUUGGCGGUCUCUGGAUUCUGGACACCUUGCAGCUUGUUCUGAUCGGAUCCUGCUUGUAUUUUUGGGUCAUCACCAACUACGCGAAUCCCGCUGUCCUUGCGAAUUCCACCUGGACUUUCAAUAUCGGGAUUCUGGUGACGAAUUCUAUCGUCAUCAUCGUUCAAUUCUUCCUUGCUCGUCGAGUCUGGAUUCUCAGCAACAGGAAUUACCUAUUGACAGGGCUGAUCGUGACCUUGUCUUGCUGCUACUAUGGAUUCGAAAUGGAUCGUGCAGCCGUUCAGCUCGUCAAGAUCGAGCUCUUCUUCAAGUUCCAAACGAUCGCUAGUGUCGGGCUCGCAUGUGCGGCUGCGGCAGAUUUGACCAUCGCAACGUCCCUGUCGUGGUAUCUCCUUCGUAGCCGGACAGGAAUCAAGACCACCGACUCAGUGGUGAAUAAGCUGAUUCUCUAUGCAAUGAAUACGGGGACCCUGACCGCGAUCGUCGUCCUCAUCGACAUGAUCUGCUUCCUGACGAUGCCGAAUAAUCUGAUCCACAUCGCAUUCAAUCUGGUAUCCGGGAAGCUGUACACCAACAGUCUGCUUGCGACGCUCAACUACCGGGACACCGUCCGCUCACAUGCUCCGCGUGCCAUGAAUAUGAACACGACCAUCAGCCUCUCCCACAUGAGCGCUGCCACGGGUCCUACUGGGGGCAGCAGCAUCGGCACCGCUCCUGUGUUUGCACCGAACUCCAAAUUCCAUAGUUCCGCAUCGACGGGCGAUCAUACUUUGGGUGUUACCGCUUCACAAAUGGAAGACUACACCAUUUCCAAUGCUUCGGAGCUCAAGGUCUGUGGUCGAUAUUUCUACGAUCAGCCUACCCAACUCAAUCACGAACCAGUUCAUUAA